AUGAGGGUUAUUCUUUGUCUUGCUGUCAGCUUUGUCCUCGUGUUUUCUGUUGCUAUUCCGAAGAAACGGGAUACGAAUUGUGGAGCUGUUACCUUCCCAAAGGGAAAGAGAGGCAAUGAGGCGACCGGUGUAUGGUGUGAAAUAUGCCUGACCGUAGCUGAAAUUGCGAAGCAAUAUGAGGAGUGCGGAGAGGAAUGGUGCGAAGAACAGCUCGAUCACUAUUGUGAAUCCAAAUUCAAGGACAACACCAUCCCGGUAUGCGAGAAAUUUGUGAAUGGUAUUUUCGAUCAGAUCAUUGACGACACUAUCCAUCAAAACACAACCCGGGAGUGUGAUGAGCUGUUGCACGACCCUAACUGUCAUCUGGCC